CUCCAUUUCCAUCCACUCCUCCUCUGCGUCUUCCUCCCGGUCCAACCUCCUCUCGUCAAUUGUGACCUUCUUACACCCCUCACAUUUCAAACAGAAUUACACCAAAAGAUAGUUAGCCCGCCAUGGUGGGCCCUAACGAAGAAUUUCAGCUCUUCGAUCAGUGCCGCAUUUGCAUCAUCUGCUCCAAGGACCUUAGUCUCGACACAGCACACCAGUAUGCAUCGUUACUCGAAGAAAACGGCGGAGAAUCCAUCAUCUACGAACCCCCGGCCACUUUCCCCCCGCUAGAGGAAUUCACUCAUCUCGUUUCCUCGACCAUCGACUUUCCCGACUUCGACGCCGCCAAUGAUGCCCUGAUCCCCGUUGUCAAACCGCAGUGGCUGCACGCCUGUCUUUCGAAGAGAAAACUGGCCAACCCACGGCAGUACAGCCCGGAUCCUCGCCUGUUUCUGAACGACGUGGUCGUCACCUGCGGCGACAUCCCCGAGGGUGAUAAGGAUGCGAUUGUGGGUGGUGUGCUGGCCAAAGGUGGGCUGUAUAGUCCCCGGAUGACACACAUGGUCACCCACCUGGUGGACUUGACUGCGGAUUCCGAUAAGGCUCGGAUAGCUAUUGGCAAAAAGUUGAAUGCCAAAAUCGUUUUGCCACACUGGUUCGAUGACUGCCUCAAACUCGGCCGGCGGAUCGACGAACGUCCCUAUACGCUCCCCGACCCGGAAAUCCUCCGUGCAGCCCCCGAUGCGCCGAUCCGUUCGGUCGACAAUCGCGAUAUCGUCGGUGCGUCUACGCCAGAGCCGACCUCCCUGCCGAAUGUGAUGUCUCCCAACUCCCGGCCGAAGCUGGAUGUUUUUGAAGGGAAGCAGGUGAUGCUGUGUACAGAUCUUGGAAUUGGUCCGCAUUUGAUCGAGUCCAUUAGCGACAUUAUCAAACAGGGCGGAGGCUCUAUGACCUCUAAUAUUUCAACGGCAGACCUGUUGAUCUGCCGGUACAGAGAAGGCGUGGCCUAUCGCAUAGCAGCGCGGCUGAACAAGGAUAUCGGGAACCUGUCCUGGCUUUACCACCUGAUGACGUACAACACCUGGACAUCGCCCCUACGGCGACUACUGCACUACCCGGUCUCACGGACUGGCAUUGAAGGGUUUCGAGGAUUCAGAAUUAGUCUGUCGAACUACGUUGGUGAAGCCCGGGCCUACCUGGAGAAUCUGAUCGCGGCGACCGGUGCCGAAUGCACCAAGACCCUGAAGCAAGACAACACCCACUUGAUCACAGCCCACGGCAACAGUGAGAAAUGCAGUGCAGCGAGGGAGUGGGGCCUUCACGUCGUCAACCACCUCUGGCUCGAAGAAUGCUACGCAAAAUGGAAACUGCUACCAGUCUCCGACUGCCGCUACAACCACUUCCCGCGCCGGACCAACCUCGGCGAAGUGGUUGGCCAAACACGACUCGACAAGACGGUGCUGGAAAACGUCUUCUACCCCUCGGAAGACUCGACAGAACCGCCCGUUACUCGACCAAUGCAAGCGAGAGACCAGAACACCGCAGCGGCCAAGCAGCCAUUGUCGGAGAAAGCGACGGAGCUGGACACCGAAAUGACGGAGGCACCACCCACCACAACGCCGCGCGCCACGAAGAAGUCACGAAAGAACUCGGAUAGCAAAAAGUUGCAGACGCCGGCUCGGAUGCGGCUCACCUCGGAGGGCAAGGAGAAUGAAACCCCGUCGUCGACGAGCAGUCGCAAGUCCAAGGAGGCCGCCACCGCUCGCCUUCACGGCUAUGCUCCGGAUCUGGCUUUGUAUGAGAAGGAGAAGAAGCGUGUGGGAGGUGUUAUUUACGGAGGCCGUCGAGUGACAGAUGAGGACCGCGUGAUGCUGAACAACAACAAAAAGCGAAGAUCGUUGGAGGCGGAGGAAAACCACGAUGAUGAUGAUGAGACAGCGGACCCGAAGCGACAAAAGAAAGCCAAGCCGCCUAUUACCAUGCACCUGUUGAUUACUGGGUACCAGAGAUGGGUGGGAAACCAGAAGAAAGAGGAUGCAGACAAGCGACAACUUCGAGACCUCGGCAUCAUGAUCGUUCAGGACGCUCGCAAAUGUUCUCACCUCGCGGCUCCGUCCAUUCUGCGGACGCCAAAGUUCGUCAACGCACUUGCGUAUGCGCCCAUGAUCAUAAGUGUCGAAUUCAUCACGGCCUGCCUCAGGAAGGACUUCCUGGUGGACCCGGAAGAAUUCCCCUUGAAAGACGACGCUGCGGAGAAGCGGUUUGGAUUCUCAUUGGAAAAAGCCAAGGCGAACGCCAAGAAUAACAGAAAUCGACUUCUGUCGGGGUAUAAAAUCUACUGCGUGGAGUCCAUCCGUGGUGGAUUCGACGCCUUCAAAUCCAUCGCCGAUGCCAAUGGAGGGGAUUGCUCGCUUUUCCGCGGCCGUGUGUCGUACCAGUCCCAGCGAGAAGAGAGCGACGAGGCCAGCUCGGCAGAGGAAGACGAUCCCAGUCGCAAAGAAAUCUACCUUCUCAGCAGCAUCGCCAGUGAUCAUCAGAAACUAUGGCCGCGCUUCCGACAGUUGGCGCAAAGCGUGCACAAGACCCCGCGGAUCGUCCGCGUAGACUGGCUUCUGGAUAUCGCUAUGUCUCAAACUCUGCACGCCGCGGAUGACUAUGAGCUAAGUGAAGACAUGACGCAGAAGGCGGAGGAGUAGAGUCAUGAUCGAAACCGAGUGUUGGCUUGGGAACAUUUGGUGUCAAUAGCCUUAUUUCGGGAUUGACUUGCCUGUUUCGAAGGCUCUUUUUGUGUCAUGUAUAUUGUUAUACUUAUUCUCUCUCCAUAGCCAUAGCGUUCAUCAUGCAGGGCCAUGCGAGCUUUACGAAUGUAACGU